CUCGGGAUUCACAUUCAUGUGUAGGCAAUUUCCCCCUGUCUAUAGAUCAUCCAGUGUGCAAUCAAGCAUAGCCACAAGCUCUACAUAGGGGAUGAUUUGUGAGACACAUGCACGCACACGCGCACGCACACAUUUAUAUAAAUAUAGCCGCCACCCCGCCACUUUUCGUACACCACACAUGAUAAACCUAGGCAAGGCCGUAACCCCCGCAACCCGCCACUAUUCCAUGCCCCUCACUCCGAAUUUAACACUAUAUCCUGCUGUGGUCAAUCAUCCAUGGGACAGACGCAUUCCUCGAACAGCCACGAUGGAGCAGGCUCGGACAUAAAUCAACCAGAGGAGAAGAAGGUAGAUUACUACGAGCUGCUCCAGGUCGAACGAAAUGCAUCUGGCGAGGAGAUAAAAAAGGCCUACAGAAGAAGGGCUCUGGAGCUACACCCGGAUAGAAACUAUGGCAACGUGGAGGCUGCUACCAGGCUGUUCGCCGAAAUUCAAUCUGCAUACGAAGUCCUCUCAGACGCCCAGGAGCGUGCGUGGUAUGACUCGCACCGUGAUGUUUUCCUAGGAAACGAUGGCAAGCCAGAAGGGGCCGAUUAUUCAUACGAUACGCGGAUGACAACCUCCGACGACAUCCUAAAAUUAUUCUCAAAAUUCAGUCCUCGGAUGGAAUUUACAGACGCGCCAACCGGAUUUUACGGUGCCUUGCGUGAAACAUUCGCACGGCUUGCCCUAGAGGAGACAAUGGCCUGCCGCUGGGAGAAUGUUGCGUGCAUAACGUAUCCUACAUUUGGAAACUGCAACGCCGACCCUGAAGAGGUUGUACGUCCAUUCUAUGCUGCCUGGGGUAGUUUUUCUACGAAAAAGUCCUUCGCCUGGAAAGAUGUGUACCGUUACUCUGAAGCACCAGAUCGUCGCGUUCGCAGACUGAUGGAGAAGGAAAACAAGCGUCUCAGGGAAGAUGCCAUUCGGGAAUUCAACGAGGCUGUUAGGUCGCUUGUAGCUUUUGUGAAGAAGCGCGAUCCCCGGUACAAGUCUAACGCAUAUAGUGAAUCACAACGGCAGGAAUUUCUUCGUCAAUCAGCAGCUGCACAGGCAGCCAGAUCACGAGCAGCAAACCAGGCGAAACUGCGUGAUCAUGUGAUGCAAGAUUGGGCAAAGGCGGAAAGUCCGGGUGAGGAAUCCAGCGAUACAGGCGAGGACGAAGUUGAGUAUUUUGAGUGCGUUGCAUGUCAGAAAACCUUUAAAAGUCAUAAUCAACUCGAGGCCCACGAACGCAGCAAGAAGCAUAUAAAAGCUGUGAAGCAGCUACGCUGGGAGAUGAGAGCACAGAAUGAAGAGCUGGGCCUGAAAGGAAACGCCUCUAACCCCGAAGAGCCCCAAUGGGAUAAUUCUACCCAUAACAAUCCACAGGACAACCCAGUGCACAAUAUGGCGUCAUCAGUCCAACAACCACGGGAUAACGCGACAAGAAGCAGUGCCGGAACAGACAAGUAUACCUCUUCUAAUACUAGAGUUGAUAUUAAACCUGAUGAAGGUUCCUCGGCGGACACAGGUUGCCAUGGGGACUCUAUGCCAGAUCUCAGCGACGCCGAUUAUGUACCUAGGGAGUGUGUUGAACAGCGAUUAGGUUCUCAAACCACGCUAAACCAACAAACGGCAGAGAUGGAAUCUCUAGACAACCUGUCGCAGCAGUUCUCAACAACUGAAAUAGAGGACUCGCAAAAUUUUCCACCAAAAGUGGGAAAGGCUAAGCAAAAACGUGCGAAAAAGGCCCAGCGUGCAAUGAACCAACCCCAGAAUAUUAAAUGUGCCACUUGCUACGCUAUUUUUCCCUCAAGGUCUCAAUUGUUUAUUCAUAUCCACGAGUUUGAUCACGCUCAACCCUCAUCCAUGGCCGAUACGCAAAAAACGAGGCAAUAGACAAAGCAAAGAAGCUUGCUUGUUGCCUUUCCUCAUCCGUGCCAAAGUUUCAUUACCUGGGCAGGCUUCUAUGGUC